UCGUGGUUCAACCACCUUAAUUCGCGGAGCGAUUUAAGAGGCUCGGAUAGGGACGAUUAAAAGUGGUCCAAGACAGGACAGCACGCUGUAUUCCGCGCAUCAGGCGCAUCACUGUGCUGUAAUAACCCCUUUCAAGGCGCUUGGUAUGGAAACCACCAGUUCCGAGCAGAGCACGGGUCGUGAAUUGCGUUGCAACAGUAGCGCACACUGACCAAAAGAACCACAGCAGCGAGUUCGGUGAGAUUCGGCAACCGGGUCCGGAGCCAGCGCGAUUGAGAGCCGGCUCCGGCUGCAUGAUGGCAAGCUUAUCAAAGACAGGCGGUGCUACCUGCGCACCUACCCCAACUGCUUUGUUGCCAAGGAAGCCAUCGACUGGCUCAUAGCUCACAAGGAAGCUCCUGACCGGGAGACAGCUGUCCGCCUCAUGCAGCAUCUAAUGGCCCAUGACAUUGUGCACCACGUGUGUGACAGGCAUUCUGAAUACAAGGAUGCUAAGCUGUUGUACCGCUUUCGCAAAGAUGACGGGACCUCUCCUUUCAACACGGAGGUGAAGGUGUUCAUGAGAGGACAGAGCCUUUACGAGCGCCUGGUCGCAGGCAAGGACUCCAUCAUGAAGGAGCACGAGGAGAAAGGGGUGAAGUAUCAGAGGGCCUUUCCUGGCUUUGAGAUGAUCGACUGGCUGCUGCACAACGGAGAGAUCCCCAACAGGAGGGAGGGUGUGGAUCUGUGCCGCACCCUGCUGGACCACGGCAUCGUUCAGCACGUGGCCCUCAGGCACCACUUCUUUGACAGCGGCCUGCUGUACCAGUUCUGCAUCAACUUCCGCCGCCGCCGCCGCCUGGCGGAGCUGCUGAGCGAGAGCGAGAACCGGGGGGCGCCGCUGGGGCAGGAGGAGGCUUCGGACAGCCCCUUCACCCUCCGCAAGACUGCCCCCGAGGAGGGCAACACCAGCUUCCUGUCAGUUCAGCCCAAUAAGGAGAUCAAACUGGUGUCAGCAGUGCGCAGAAGCAGCACGACCUCACUGUCAGGAGGAGCAGGUGGCUACUUUUCCAUCCCUCCCAGCUUCAACAACGCAGCUCCGGUGAAGUGCAAUCCUAAAUCAGUGCUGAAGAAAAAGGUAACAAUAGAGGAGUUAAUGGACGCUGGAGCUCCUUACAUGAGGAAGAGUAUCACAAUUGUAGGAGACGCAGUCGGCUGGGGCUUUGUGGUCCGAGGGGAGAGUCCCUGUCACGUCCAGGCUGUGGACCCUGGAAGUCCUGCAGCUGCUGCAGGGAUAAAGGCUGGGCAGUUUGUGUUCCAGGUCAAUGGAGUGUGUGUCCUCGACCUGGACUACAAGACCCUCAGUAGGCUCAUCAUGACUGGCCCUCGCAUCUUGGUUGUAGAAGUGAUGGAAUCUCUGGAGUGAAGCAGCACUUUAGACAGGUGGUGACUCCGUGAUGAAGCCUGUGUGCACCAGGUGGACUGUAUAUACAGUAUACUGGCCAUUUCAUCAAGAGAGUGUUGUCUUCUGACUCUGGCUGCUACCUCUUCAAAUCCCUAAGGGAGCUGGACGUUCAAGCGAAAUUUUCAAGAAUUAAUGAACUCAUGAUCUGAUUGUUAGUAGGAACUGCACGGGCCUCUGUGACAUUUUCACACUCUUUAAAUAUAAAUCAGGAAUCUCCGAUUGAUUUUCGAUUUUAUACCACACAGUUUCGAAAUAAUCACAAAACGCUUAAUUUGAACCUGGGGGUUAUUAGUAGUUUCUUUUUUUUAUGUUCCCCAGUUUGGAAUUGUGAAUCGUUUAUCAGCUUGAGCCACUACUCUCACGGCAGAACAGGAGAGAUAUAAUAUCUAUACAGAUCCUGCAAAACGUGCUCUACCAGGCUCUUCUCCUUAUUAAAAAAGUGCAAGGAGUGAAACUGAGGCGACAGUAGAUCCUGAAUCAGCCACAUGGGGUCGCUGUUGGGCAAAUGAACUCAUCCCUAAUAGCACUCAUGAGCUUCGAAGUGGUGAUCUCCUUAGAGCACGUCCUGUGGUCCACGCCGAUGCCUUUACAAGAUGUUUUUUGUGUGAAAAAAUAUUCUUUUACAGCUCUUGUUACCAACUCGGCAGUUUUCUCCCAUGCCUUUAUAAAGAUGAAGCUCUGGAGAGUACAAACUAGCAUGCUUUUAUUGGUCUGUCAUAUUCAAAGAAUAAAGAUAAGAUCACCUUAUUGGCCAUAUACAAUUUCUUGUAGUAGGAAUUUGUCUUUUUGCAUACCCCAACUUACUCUCC